AUGGUAAAAGAUGAUGUUAUAAAUGUUGAAGAAAAAAUAAAAAAUUUUGAAAAACAAUUACCUCAUAAAACAGAAUCAUCAGAAAAUUCCAAUGAUAAUAAUAACAAUAACACACCAACUAUGAAUACCACCACCACCACAACUAAAAAAACCAAUACUACUUCACCUGGUUUAGUAAAGGCUUUAAAAAAUAAACAUAAGAAGUUAUUAUUAACUAUACAAAAUAUUAAGAUUGCUUUGGCUGAAAACAAAUUACAAAUGGCUGCCUACUUGUCACCUUCAUCACCCUCAUCACCUACUUCUGCCAAUUCUGAAUUUGAUAAAUUAGCUAACAUAAUUGAACAAAAAUUAGAAAAUUUCUAUACAAGAUUAUCUUCUCCUCCAACAUACAUGUUGGACUGUAACACAAAUAAUAGUGGUAUUGACAAUGAUACAGAUCAUGAUUGUACAAAUGAUAAAAAUAAUGAAGAAGGAAUAGAAGAGGUGGAGCCUGAACAAGUUCAUGGUUUGACAUGUAAUGAUGAUCAUGUUGAAGAGUGGAGUGAACGUUAUAACAAGAUAGAAUCUGAAUUGAUUCUGUUUGAGAGAAGUUUAUGGGUAGAAUUCUGGUUGAAGUCUGAACCUGCUAAACGAUUACGUGGUGAAGAGGUGAUUGGUAGAAUUAAUAAGGCAGAGAAAACAUUUGCUGAUAUUAAAGAUUUGAUGAUUUUGCGCCAAAAUAAUCUACAAACGAUUAGAGAAGGCAGAAAAUUUGCAAAAAGUGCUAAUGCAAUCAGAGAUCAACUUGACAUCAUAAAGGGUAAGAUGAGGCGUCAAGAUACCAAGACUGAUGCUUCAAUACAAGAAUUAGAUGCUCAUAUGGCUGAUGCCUUGGAAAUGUUAAAUAAUCUUGAAUCAGCUUAUCAACAUUUGAUAGCUCCUGAUGUUGGAGAUGAAAGGUACCGUGAAAGAUUUGAUGAACAACUAAAUCAGUUUAAUUUGGUAGAAGCUUGGAUUAAAGAAGUAAAAAUUUGGUUCAAAGAGGCUGAACGUAUGCGUGUAUGGAUAGAUAAGCACAUUGUGGUAUUAGAAAAUUUUCCAAAGUUUGACGCUCUUCAAGAAGGUAAAGUACCUGCUACUCAAGAACAGGUUGAUGAAUGGCAAGAUGAUUAUGAUAAAUUGGAAUUAGAAGUUGAGAAAUUUGAUGCUGAAGAUAUGACUAGAUUAAGAGCUCAUGUCAAAUCCAUGAUGUGUGCUAACACCUCCUCCAAUCCUAGCACCAAUACUAGCAGCAGUAAUGGUAGUAGUAACAGAAAUAGUAACAUUAAUUCUCAGAUUAAUGAAGCAAUAUCAAAUGAUUUAUCUGUGUUGGCACUUAGAGUAGAUUGGGAACGUGAAUUUGCUAAAGCUUUAAAUACAUGGAAUAUAUUGAUAAACAGCAUUAAAGAUUUUAUUAUAAACAGAGGUAGAUGGAAACAACCAAUUGGUAUAAGAGAUGAUGAUGGAUGGUUCAUUAAUGCUAAUCAACCAAACCAGAAAGAUGUGUUAAUUGAAUUAGAAUCAAUAAAUCAGUAUGUAAUAAGUUUUGAAAGUGUCAACAUACCUGAAACUGGGCAAAUAUUUGAUGAAUUAGUGGAGACCUCAUUAGUGGAAGUGCCUGAACAUCUACUUAUACGACAAGAAAACCUUGAAGAAAGUGAUCUGGUAUUUUUAAAAUUAUAUUUUGAAUUUUGUAGAAAUGUUUUGCAGCAACGUCAAGAAGUUUUAGAGUAUGCUCAAGUCAGUGAAACUACUUAUAUUGAUGGCUUGAAAUUAAAAAAUGAAUUAAUAGAAGAAGAAAGAAAUCCAAGAGGUGGUCUCAUAGAAAAGAAAUUCAUAGAAAGAGUUGAGGAAUUUAAUAAAAAUAUUGAACAAGCUUGGAGUAAUAUUGGUGAAAAAGUUAUCUACCCAGAUCACUCAGAUCAUGAUCAAAAUGAAAAUCAUUUGGUCAAGGAAGGUGUUGAUGCUUAUCAUCGUAAAAUGGAAGACUUGAAGUUUAAAGUUAACAAAGCAAUGAAAGAUUAUCAAGAUGCUUUUAGACUACUCGAGAAGGAAUUACAACAAAAAUCAGAUGACUUGUUUAAUGAUAUUUCUAAUUUAGAAGAUUUGGUCAACAAAAGAUUGGCAAUGCUUGAGGAACGUAAGAUUGAUCCAUUGGAAACUGAAUGUUUACAUAAUGAGGAACAAGUGAAAGAAUUGUUGAAAGAACAUGAAGAAUUUUUAGCUGAAAAUAAUAGAAUUGAUUUGGAGGAUAUUAAUCAAAUUAAAGAAGGUAUUGAGAAAUUGGUCGAGGACAUCAAGUCAUCAAAUAAUGAUGAUCCUGUUGAUCAGAUACAUUUACAUGAUGCUUUUAAAAAGUUGAAUGAAAAGUUUGCUGAACUACAAUUAAAAACAUCAGAAAGACAAUUAGACCUAUCAGUAUUACAGCCAUGUGCUAGUUGGGAAGAUAAAAUUGCUCCUGGAAUGCAAUCUUUGAAUGAUUUAAUUAAUGAAGUUAACAAAUUCAUUGCAGAAAAAGCCAGAUGGAAACCUGAUGAUCAUGACAAUAAUAGCACUACACCUGUUGAUAUUUUAACCAAUGAUGAUGGUAAAGUUGAUAAUCUAGGUAAAGUUGCUUCAAAUGAAAAUAAAGUAACUAAUGAUUCGACUACUAUUUCAACUAUUGAUGAUAAAACAGCAAAAGAACCAAAAUUAGAUUCAAAACAAAAAUCUCACAGCUUGGAAGAAAAUACUGGCAAAGAUGAUAAACCAACUUCAACUGAAAAGAAUAUAAGCUCGGAUGAAGAAGGGGCAAGUUUGAACGUAAAUAAACCAAUUCCAGAGGAAACAAAAUUAGAUCUGAAACAAGAGUUUGAAACCUUGGCAGGAAAAGUAAAAGAUUUUCAAGAAAAUGUAUUGGAACCAUUGAAAUCAUCAAAUGAAGAUAUGGUUUCAGCAAUCAAAGACUUACUAUCAAAGGAAUGUCCAAAGCAUUUAUCAGAUCGUCAAUCAGAUUUUGAAAAGAAAUUUGAUUAUUUGAUGGAUAGAGUAAAUCAGGGUAAAAAUGUUUUGGAACAACAUGACGCAAUCAAUGACUUUUUGAAACAGGCCAAAGGCAUUAUUGAUUGGGUGAAUCCACAUUUAAAAGUUCUUGAUGAUAUAUUGAAAGAUGAUACUUUGGGCGAACUUAGUGAAGACAAACUACAUGAUUUAUUAGAAGAAGUCAAUUUUGUUGAAUCAGAACAAAAGGCAUAUACUGAUUUUUAUGAGCAAGUUAAGAAUUUAGCAAAUGAUUUAGUAAACCAAAUGAACAAAGAGAUUGCUGCUAACAACAACAACAAUAGUGAUGGAGAUAUUGAUCUUGGUAUUGAAGCAUUAAAUUCUAAAGAAGUGGAAAUUGAUGCUUUAUGGCAAGAAUUACAAGAUACUAUACCAAAAACCAAACAACAAUUAGAUCAGGCAUUACAAGUAGUUGAUUUCAAAGAGAGGAUCAAAGAAAACUUCUCCAAAGUUGACAACUUAUCUGAUAUAAUAUCAUCAUCAUUGGUGGAUGAGGUGAGCAAGGAUGACAUCAAAGAUUGGCAAAUUGAAUUGAAUGGUUUAGAGCAAACGGAACUAUUCUCAUUGAUUAAGCUACAUGAUAAUGUCAAAGAGAGUCUUUCAACAAAUCUUGGAGCAAUUACCAAGAAAGAGUCAGUUGUUCUUGAGGAUCUAUUAAGGAAUGUUGCAGAUAAGAUCAAUAAUCUAAAGAAAUUGAUGAACAAUAAGAUUGAUGAAGUUGAGGCACACAUAUCAGCACAAAUCACUGGGGAAUAUUUGGCUAGAGUUAAUGAUUUACAAAGUUGGAUUGAAAGACAAUUUGAGGAUUUUAUCAAUGGUCAGUCACAACAUGGUAUAAUGGUGGAGACAUCUGAGCAAACAAAUAAAGAAAAUCUUGAAAACUUGUCUAUAGUAUUUGAUAAUUUCCAAAAAAAAUUGCCAGAGAAAUUUGAACAGUUCAAUAGUAUAAUAGAAGAAUUUAAUAAUAUCACAUCACAAGAAGACAUACGUGAAUUGCAGGAUGUAGUCAAGGCACAAACAGAAUUGAAUAAAUUGUGGGAAAAUUUGGAUUUAAAAUCAAAUGAAUUCAAAGAUUUCAUCAAUAAAGUUGGAAAAUGGCAUGACCAACAUGAUAUUAUAUAUCACGUAGAGAAUGAUAUUUUUGACGGACUUGAGAAUUGUAUCAAUAAAUUACCUAGUACACAUUAUGACAAUUUAGAAUUUGAAGCUAAAGGGUUGGAUGACAAAUUACAAAAUGCUAAAAAAAUGCUCGAAGCAGCCAAAUUUGGUGCUGGCCAGAUAGUUGAUGUUGAAAAUGAUAUUUUAGAUAAUACAAAUCGUCAAAAUUUUAAUAAGCAUCUUUUUGAUAUCACUACUCAGCUUACUGAAUUAUCAAAUCUGUUUCAAAAAGCAAUAGAAAAAGCCAAUAAUGCUUCAUUAUUGACAACAUUUGAUGCAGAUGUUGAUAAAAUUAUUAAUGCAUGUUUGGAAGAUGCCUCAAAAGUUGAAUCGAGACAUAAUGAGUUCAAUGAUAGUGAAUAUUAUUCAUUGAAAGCCAGUGAAUUGAACGAUCUGAUUAAUAAUGCCAUGAUUGGAGUUUCAGAUAUUGAGGGAACACUGAAGAAAUAUGAAGCACAAAUAAAUGUUAACUUGAAAGCUGAGGCUGAUAAGUUAAUCAAAAUGGAUCCUGAAGCAAAUAAGGAUCGUGUACAGAGCAUAUUAAAUAAAGCUACGCGAGCAUUGGAAAACUUUUCAAAUAGUAUUUCAGCUGAGAGAUGUGAAAUUGAAACAGCCAAGAAAAUUUAUCCACAAACUGAAGCAUCAGAAGAUAUUAAGAAAUGGAUUUCAGCUUGUAAGGUGGCUGCAUUAAACAUUCAAGUUGGUGAUAUGGAUCAAGAAGCAGAAAUCAAAGAAUUAGAAGAAAAUGCAAUGACUUUUCAACCUACUAUUGAUGCUUAUAAAGAUAUGAGUCAACGUGUUAUUUUGCCAAUCAUCGUUAAUGAUACUAAUGCCACUAGCAAUAAUAAUGUUGAAAUUGAACCUAAAAUUAAAUAUGCUGUAGAAGCCAGAACAAAUAAAGUGUUAGAAGAUUGGGAUUCGUUAACAGAUUUAUUGAAAAGUUUAAGAUCAAGCUUGAAUGCAUCUAAAGAAGUACAAGAAGUUUCAAAAGCCAUCAAAGAUAUCUUAGCAUCAAUUGAUCAAGUGAAAGAACGAGUUUUGAACAUUGAAUCAUUCUUUAUUGAUGAGGGAGUACCAAAAUUACCAACAAAAGAUGAUGUUGAAAACAACCUAAGAGAACUUGAUGAAAUACAAGCUGAAGUUGAUCAUAUACUUGGACCAAGAAUUGAAGCAUUAGAUGAAAAUAUCAACAAUUUACCAGAGCAUGAAACCAGUUUCGUUCAACAACGUUCAGGUAUAGCAGAAAUAUUGACAAAUUUGGCAGGAAUAAUGGAUAACAAACGAUCACAACUACAUGAAGCUGAGAAAUUGGCAAUUUUCGGUACUAAGGCAGAUGAAAUGAAUACAUUGAUGAGCUCACUGCUUGAAAUUGUUGAUUUAGCCACAACAACAAUGGAUGGAUCACCAUUAUCAUCAUUGAAUAAAAUAGAAUUGGAUGCAAGGUCGAUUGAGUUGGAAAAGCAAUAUUCACAUUACCAACCUAAAAUAGAUCAGAAACUUGAAGAUGUAAAACAAGUAUCAGAAUCGGUUAAAGAUGAUUGGCGAGUAAUUGAUCGAUUGAGUAUUUUGAAGGAACAAUGGGCAGAAUUGACUGAAGUGACAAAUGCCAAACAAGAUGAAUUGAAAAAAUUACCAUCUGAAGAACAAAAUAUUAAAACUGAAAGGCGUACAAGAUCCAAUUCUCAAACAUUAUCACCGCACAGAAACUUUUCACCAACUAGAAAAAGAUCAUUAUCUGCAAGACCUCCAUCACCUAGGAAACGUGGUGCGGUAUCACCAGGAUUAUCGCCAGGACCAAGACAUCGUCAAUCCAAUAGAUUAACACCAAGUCCAACAUCAGGAUUGCUAGGAUCACCAAAAAAACCAGCAACAAGAUUAUCGCCACAUAUAGUCAAUAAUUAUUUACCUGAUCCAAAAGUCCAAUUAGAUGUUGAGGUGGCAAGGAUAGUUAAUGCAUCCCCAGUGAAAAUAAAAGUUUCCGUCGUAGAGAGAGAAUCUGGAAAAUAUAUGUUUGGAGAGGCUGAGCCUAAACUUUGUCAUUGUCGUAUUUUAAAAAGUAGAAUGGUAAUGGUUAGAGUUGGCGGAGGAUGGGCUGAAUUGUCAAAGUAG